AACGUUAAGCUCACUGGUUUCUGUUGUAAUUGCUGCAACAGGUUCUUUUUCGUUAAGUUUUAUCUUAUAUAAUUAUUUUCCAGCCAAACUGAUAAAAUGGCUCGAUUAGCAAUUUUGUUGUCCGUGGUAUUAUUUAGCGUAUAUCAGUCUGAACAAGCAUAUUUCUUGGAGAAAAAUUACAUCAAUAUGAUCAAUGAAGGAGCCAAAACCUGGAAGGCUGGUAUUAACUUCGAUCCGAGCACGUCAAAGGAAGAUAUCAUUAAGCUGUUGGGAUCUACAGGGGUAGAAUCUGCCAAGAAGGCGAGUAUCGAUUUAUUUAAAACGGACGAUGAUGCUUACGAAAAUAUUUGGAUCCCGAAGAAAUUCGACGCAAGGAAAAAGUGGAGACACUGCCGUACAAUUGGAGAAGUUCGCGACCAAGGACACUGUGGUUCUUGUUGGGCUUUCGGAACUAGCUCAGCAUUCGCCGAUCGUUUGUGCGUGGCCACAGAUGGAGAUUUCAAUGAAUUAUUGUCCGCCGAAGAGAUAACGUUUUGUUGUCACAAGUGUGGUUUUGGAUGUAAUGGAGGCAACCCGAUCAGAGCUUGGGAAUAUUUCAGUAAACACGGUCUGGUCACGGGAGGAAAUUAUAGAUCUGGAGAGGGAUGUGAGCCAUACCGAGUUCCACCUUGCCCACGUGACAAAGAUGGUAAUAAUACAUGCGCUGGUAAACCAAGGGAAAAAAAUCAUAGAUGCACGAGAAUGUGUUACGGAAAUCAGGACCUCGAUUUUGGCAACGAUCACAGAUAUACACGUGACUUUUACUACCUAACUUAUAAUACCAUCCAAAAAGACGUUUUGACUUACGGACCAGUUGAAGCAUCGUUUGAUGUAUACGACGAUUUUCCCAGUUACAAGUCAGGUGUUUACGUAAAAUCGGAAAAUGCAACAUACUUGGGAGGACAUGCCGUGAAAUUAAUCGGUUGGGGUGAAGAAAAUGGAAUCCCGUAUUGGUUAAUGGUCAACUCGUGGAACCCACAGUGGGGUGAUAAAGGUCUUUUCAAAAUUCAACGAGGCACAAACGAAUGUGGUGUCGAUAAUUCAGUUACUGGCGGUGUACCAGUGGUUAACUAAUUGUAGUACCUAGUUACCAAUUAAAUUAAGAAUAAUUCUGUCAUACUGUAUUUUAAUGUUUAAUUAAAAUUAAUUUUAUUAUUUAAAA